AUGCCCAGGAGAAGAAAAGACUGGGGUCCCAAUCCCAUUGGUGGCUCUAUAAACUUUGGAAUGGACAUGGAAGACAACAUGGUUUAUGGCCUCACCUAUAAAAAAUUUGCCCUUGGGGAUAAUUAUUGGAACCCAGGGCCUCAUAACAACCUGGAAGGACAAAAGACCUUCUCAGAUGGGAAAUAUAAUGCUGCUUGGAGAACAAUGAUCCCAAUUCGCUCCACAUCAAAAUCGUCUACUUCAAAUCCUUUGGAUGGUGCUGGCCUGUUUUCCUACCUCACCAAUUCAUGGCUAACACCUGUUAUGAUCCAGGGUUUCAUGAAACGCCUAAAUGAGCACACUGUACCUUCUCUAUCAAUGUAUGACUCCUCAGAAAAGAACUCUAAAAGGCUUAGAAUCCUCUGGGAAGAAGAAGUUGCAAAAUAUGGUUAUGAAAAAGCUUCUACAACUCGUGUCCUCUUCAAGUUCCAGAGAACAAGAUUUUGCUUUGAUAUCUUGGCAUGCAUAUUCUUUAGUAUUAUGAGUGUCUUAGGACCUGUGCUUCUUAUUCCAAAGAUUCUUGAAAAUAGCAUAAGUGGAUCAAGUAAUCUUUCUUAUGGCAUUGGACUUUGCUUUGCCCUUUUCUUCACUGAAUGUAUGAAGUCCUUUGGUCUGUGUGCAUGUUGGGUCAUCAACCACCGAACAGGGAUAAGGUUGAGAACAGCUGCAUCUUCAUUGGCUUUUGAAAAACUAAUGGAAUUUCGGUCUUUAAUCCAUAUUUCUGUUGGUGAGGCCAUUAGUUUUUUUGCCGGUGACAUCAAUCACCUAUUUGAAGGGGCUUCCUUUGGUCCUCUGAUUUUCAUCACAUUCUCAACAAUUAUUACUGCUUCUGUUUCUACCUACAUCACUCUUGGUCCCACAGCAUUCCUAGGAAUCGUGUGCUACCUCCUGGUUUUUCCCAUGCAGACAUUUUUGACUAGGAUUAUUGUGAGGUUACACCAUCAGACUGCUGAGGUCAGUGAUAAACGAAUCCGAACUACAAAUGAAGUUCUCACCUGCAUUAAGCUGAUUAAAAUGUACUCUUGGGAAAAACCGUUUUCAGCCAUUGUCAAAGCUUUAAGAAGAAAGGAGCAGAAACUUUUGGAAAAACAUGGAUUUCUUCAGAGUCUCAAUACUUCCAUCUUGUUCAUUGCACCAACUCUGGCUACUGUUGUGAUGUUUCUUGUCCACAUAGCUUUAAAACUAGAACUCAAUGCAUCAGUAGCAUUUACUGCUAUGUCAACAUUGAAUGCACUUAGGCUAUCUGUGUUCUUUGUACCCUUCUCUAUCAAAGGAUUAGCAAAUUCACAUUCCAGUGCACGGAGACUGAAGAACUUUUUCCUGAGAAAAGCCCCUGCAUUUUAUGUCCAGGAACUGAAAGGCUCUGCUGCUCUGGUUUUGGACAAUGCCACCUUGUCUUGGGAAUGGAGUGAGAGUGGGAUUAGCAAUGGAGCUAUGGAGAUGAAUGGGAAUGGGGAUUACCCUGACAGACCUGCUGUAGGAUCAUCUCAAGGGAAGAAUCAGCCAACUAGGAGGCUCAGUCAACCUGGAGAGAGAAAGAUCAAUAUGGGCUCAGCGUUGCACAAUAUAAGUAUUGUGUUGCCAAAGGGGAAGGUUUUAGGGAUUUGUGGAAACACAGGAAGUGGAAAGAGCUGUCUGUUAUCAGCCAUACUGGGGGAGAUGAAUUUGCAAUCUGGGUCUGUGGGGGUGAAUGGAAGUUUGGCCUAUGUCCCCCAGCAAGCAUGGAUAUUCAGUGGGACUGUCAGAAAUAACAUACUCAUGGGAGAAAAAUACGACCAGACCAGAUAUCACCAGGUGAUCCAUUCCUGUUCACUAAAGAGAGACUUGGAAAUUUUGCCCUUUGGAGACAUGACUGAAAUUGGGGAUCGGGGCCUCAACCUCUCUGGGGGUCAGAAGCAGAGGAUCAGUUUAGCCAGAGCUGUGUAUGCUAACCGUGAGAUCUACCUGCUGGAUGAUCCGCUCUCAGCAGUGGAUGCCCAUGUUGGGAAGCAAAUAUUUGAAGAAUGCCUUAAGAAAGCACUCAAGGGGAAGACCAUGGUUUUGGUUACUCAUCAGUUGCAGUAUUUACAGUUUUGUGACCAGAUCAUUUUACUAAAAGAUGGGAGAAUAUGUGAAAGUGGAACCCAUAAUGAAUUAUUACAGAAGAAGGGACAAUAUGCCCAGCUCAUACAGAAAAUAUGUGGAGAGAAUACACAGAAUGCAACAGAUGGGGCUAAAAAUACAGCAGAGAAGACACAGGUAGAUCUCUACUCCCAGGAAGGAUUUUCCAAUGAAAAUUCAGGGCAGGGGACUCAGCUUACUGAAAAGGAGGAAAUGGAAGAAGGUUCCCUGAACUGGAAAGUCUACCACCAAUACAUCCAGGGAGCAGGAGGUUACAUCAUUGCUUUCCUGACUUUCCUCUACCUUAUGGUAAACGUCAGCCUCACAACUUUCAGCUACUGGUGGUUGAGCUACUGGCUCCAUAACGGCUCAGGAGACAAUAACAGCAGCAAAAGCAAUGGAACAGAACAGAUGGGUGACUAUGAGGACCCAGGAAGCAUAUUGGACAAUCCCCAGCUGCCUUUAUACCAGUUAGUGUAUGGAAUGUGUGGCCUACUACUGCUUUUUACAGGUAUCGUCUCGUCAGUCGGUUUCACCAAAGCAACAAAGAAAGCAUCCACUGCCUUUCACAACAUUCUCUUCAUGAAGAUUCUCCGUUGCCCUAUGAGUUUCUUUGACACAACUCCUAAUGGUCGACUCUUGAACUGUUUUUCCGGUGACUUGAAUGAGUUGGACCAGAUCCUGCCACUGAUUGAGGAACAGUUCUUACUUUUGUUUUUCAUGGUGGUGUCUAUUUUGAUCGUUGUGGUCAUACUGUCGCCUUAUUUCCUGAUUGUCGCAGGCGUCAUUGGUGUUAUCUUUUUAGUUUUAUUUCAGGCUUUCAAGAAGACCAUCAAUGUGAUCAAGAGGCUAGAGAACUAUAGCAGAUCUCCAUACUUUUCUCAUGUCCUUACCUCUCUGCAUGGUCUGAGCUCUAUACAUGUAUAUGGGAAAACCAAUGACUACAUCCAGGAAUUCAGAAGGCUCACAGACAACCUCUGUAACUAUAUAAUGCUGUUUGUAUCUUCAACACGUUGGAUCUCAUUGAGACUGGAGCUCCUAACCAACUUGAUGACCCUAGCAGUGUCCUUGUUUGUGGUUCUGAGUCCUUCUUCUUUAAGUUAUUCCUAUAAAGCCAUGGCCAUGAGCUAUGUCCUGCAGUUGGCUUCAAAUUUUCAAGCUUGUGUCAGGUUGGGUUCAGAAACAGAAGCCAGGUUUACUUCUGCUGAGAGGAUGCUCCAAUAUGUGAAGCUGGCUGUUCCUGAGGCCCCUUUACACAUCAGAGGGGUGAGCUGCCCUCCAGGGUGGCCACAGCAAGGGCAAAUAACCUUCAAGAAUUAUCAGAUGAAAUACAGAGACAAUUCACCAAUAGUUCUCAAUGACAUCAACCUGACCUUUCACAGCCAAGAAGUGGUGGGCAUCGUGGGAAGAACAGGCUCUGGAAAGUCCUCCUUAGCAGUGGCUUUAUUCCGGCUGGUCGAGCCUGCUGCUGGCAGUAUCUUCAUUGAUGAUAUUGACAUCUGUAGCCUUGGCUUAGAGGAUCUGCGCUCUAAGCUGUCAGUCAUCCCUCAGGAUCCUGUUCUGCUAUCGGGCACGAUAAGGUUCAACUUAGACCCUUUUGAAAAGUAUACUGAUGAGCAAAUCUGGCAAGCUUUGGAAAGAACUUGCUUGACUAAGACAAUCUCAAAAUUCCCAGAAAAACUGCUAGCUGAAGUUGUGGAAAAUGGUGGAAACUUCUCGGUUGGGGAAAGGCAACUUCUUUGUAUAGCUAGAGCCCUUCUUCGCAAUUGCAAGAUUAUAGUAAUAGAUGAAGCUACUGCCUCCAUUGACCUGGACACUGAUGCCCUGAUCCAGCAUACAAUUAGAGAAGCAUUCCAUGGUUGUACUGUGCUGAUCAUUGCACAUCGUAUCACAACUGUGCUGGACUGUGAUCGCAUACUAGUCAUGGAAAAUGGAAAGGUGUUGGAAUAUGACAAACCUGAAGUCCUACAGCAGAGACCUGAUUCAGCAUUUUCAGCUUUGCUGGCAGCAGUACAUAAAACAUAA